UGUUCCUCAGACUAUUUUCUUCGUUCGGAUCUGUUACCGUCGCAAUCUUCACUGUAUCGGCACAUCUCUGAUUCUGAGUUUGUUCGGAUUCAAGUCGAAAAUCGCGUUGAUACGAUGGCUGGAGAUAAUGAGGAGGUGAGAGGGGUGAAUGAGGCCACUUCGUCGGAAGUCACUGGGGAGGAAACAGAAGAGACUUCGAAGGUUGCAGGAGAGGAGGAGGAUACAGGCGCUCAGAUUGCCCCUAUCGUCAAGUUGGAGGAGGUUGCGAUCAGUACCGGAGAAGAAAAUGAGGACGUGCUGAUUGAUUUGAAGGCUAAGCUGUAUCGGUUUGACAAGGAAGGAACACAAUGGAAAGAGAGGGGCGUUGGCCAAGUGAAGAUUCUAGAACACAAGUCAAACAAAAAGGUUCGCCUGCUCAUGCGGCAAACCAAGACCCUCAAGAUAUGCGCUAACCAUAUGGUUACGGCAUCUACUCAAUUACAGGAGCACGCUGGCAGUGAUAAGUCUUGGGUCUGGCAUGCACGGGAUUUCUCAGAUGGUGAGCUGAAGGAGGAACUUUUCUGCAUGCGGUUUGGAAGUGUUGAAAGUGCUCAGAAGUUCAAGGACGUUUACGAGAGUGCUCAAGAAAGGGUAUCGGGGAAGUCAGAGGAGAAGGACGAGGAGGCUGAUAGUGCAGCCGACUUGCUGGAAAAGUUGAAGGUGGAAACCAAGUCUGAGGAUGCCGCUGCACCUGAGGAAAAGACCGAAUCGAAUGUAUGAUAGACUGAUACAUGGGUUGUGGUGAUCAUGUGCUUAAUACGAUGGUAUGUAGUCAUACAUGGCAGUACCUGGUUGAUUGAUGCAUGUCGGCUUUUUGCUCUUCAACAUGGUUUGAAAUUGGAGAAAUGUUAUUUUAAUUUCAGUGUAUUCGUGUAAAACUCCUUGUUAGUGUUUGUAAUUAGUGCGCAAUUUUCUCGUAAAUUUAUGUCCUAUUAGCUUCAUGCAUCACACCUCUUUCUAGAUGUUCAAUAGUCAUCGUAUUUGUCGAGGAAAGCAGGAUGAGAUACAGUUGGUGAUUGUUUCAUCUCUGUUCUAUUCCUUUCAUGUAUUAUCUUUAUACAAUGUGCAGCAAUUUUGUUUAA